AUGGACCUGUUGAAAUACUUGUUCGAAAAACCAACACUAACGGGCAGGAUCGCAAAAUGGCAGGUACUGCUUUCAGAAUUCGACAUCACAUAUUGCACCCAGAAAGCAAUCAAGGGGCAAGCACUAGCCGAUCACUUAGCAACACACUCUUUGCCUAAUUACCAACCGUUGAAGACCUUCUUUCCUGAUGAGGAUAUCCUCCUCAUUGAGGAAGAAAAAGAAAAGAAGGCAGGAGCUUGGACACUCUUCUUCGAUGGUGCCGCAAAUUCAAAAGGAAGUGGAGUAGGCACCAUACUCUACUCUCCCGAUGACGUUCCCCUUCCCAUAUCCAGAAGGCUGGCAUUCCAAUGCACCAAUAACAUAGCUAAAUAUGAAGCAUGCAUCAUCGGUCUAAAAGAAGCCAUCAUCCUCAAUGUAAAGAAGUUACGAGUCUUCAGAGACUCACAACUAAUCAUCAAUCAGAUAAAUGGCAAUUAG